GCGGUUGCGGCGUUUUCAAACUUAGCCAUUUUUAAUACGAAUGAAAAUGUUUAAAAGGGCGUUUUAGUUUUAUAUUUAGUGUCUAAAUAUAAAAAAAGACAAAAUGACGCAGGAGUCGGCGGUAAAGGUGUGUGUACGAGUCCGUCCACUAAUAGAGAGGGAAGAAAGUGCCGCUUCGGAAAGCGCAGAGCCCGCCCAUCUGUUUUGGAAAGCCGAUAAGAAAUCAAUCCAUCAAAUCGAUGAUGGGAAUUCCACAAAGAGCUUCAGUUUUGACCGAGUGUUCACUGCUCAAGAAACAACCAAUCAGCUGUACCAGAACAUUGCAAAGCCUCUGGUUGUUUCCACUGUUGAAGGGUACAAUGGAACCAUAUUUGCUUACGGGCAGACGUCUUCAGGAAAGACUUUCACCAUGAUGGGGAGUAAUGGCACUCCUGGUGUGAUCCCUCUGGCUGUGGAAGAUGUCUUUCAAACCAUUAAAAAUUUUCCAAAAAAGGAGUUCCUGCUGCGAGUUUCUUACAUGGAGAUCUACAACGAAACUGUGUCGGAUCUGCUGGUGGACAGCUGGAAGAGGAAACCUCUGGAAGUCAGAGAGACAAUCAACAAAAACAUCUAUGUGGCCGAUCUGACUGAAGAACUAGUAACGAAUCCUUCACAAGCUCUGUCCUGGAUCAGGAAAGGAGAAAAGAACCGUCACUACGGAAAGACGAAGAUGAACCAGCGCAGCAGCCGCUCACACACCAUUUUCAGAAUGAUCCUGGAAAGUAGAGAAAGGAGCGACCCUGCAUCUGGUGAAAACGCUGAUGGAGCCAUUAUUGUGUCUCAUUUGAAUUUGGUAGAUCUGGCUGGAUCUGAACGAGCGAGUCAAACAGGAGCUGAAGGUAAGCUGGUGUGCCGCUUUAAAGAAGGCUGCAACAUCAACCGCAGUCUGUUCACACUCGGCCAGGUGAUCAAGAAACUGACUGAUGAAAGCCAGAAGGGAUUCACAAACUACAGAGACAGUAAGCUGACCCGCAUCCUGCAGAACUCGUUGGGUGGAAACGCCAAAACGGUCAUCAUCUGCACCAUAACUCCCGUCACUCUGGAGGAGACCCUCAGCACGCUGCAGUUUGCCAGCACGGCAAAGAAGAUGAAGAAUGACCCUCAUGUGACGGAGGUCUCCGAUGACGGAGCUCUGCUCAAAAGGUACCGCAACGAAAUCGUAGACCUGAAGCGCCGGCUUAACGAGGUUUCUUCGGUCACACAGACCACAGCCACAGAGAAGGACUUUCUCUCCCAGCUGCUCCAAGAGAAAGAUCAGCUCCAGAGAGAACAAGAGGACCGGAUCAGAAACCUGACCCAGCUGCUCGUCACCAGCUCCAAUCAGAUCUCUGCUCCAAAGAGGCCUAAACGCAGAGUCACGUGGGGAGGAAAGAUGCUCCGACUCGCUCAUCCGUCUGCGUUUGAAGGAGGAAUGUCUGAGCUCAGCUUUGCAGAACCUUUUUCCGGGAAGAGGAAAGCAGAGCGCUCCUACCUGAGUGAGAUGGCAGGAGACGACGAGGAUUUUCAUUGGGGGAUUCCUGAGGAUCUUCCAGAAGACAUAGAGCUCAAUCAGAGCUCUGUGACUGUUCGGAGCUUUGGAGACAGUCCCAAAGACUUUGUAUCUCCGGACCGGAUGCGGGAGCUUUCGAGCAAAGUGUCUCACCUGGAGAUGCAGCUGGAGAUGGAGAUUCAGCAGAAAGAGGAAGCCAUGAUGAAGGUGGAGACACUAGAUGACAAAGUGUCGGAGCUGGAGCAGCAGCUGCAGAUGGAAAACCAGCAGAAAGGGGAAGCCAUGAUGAAGGUGGAGACACUAGAUGACAAAGUGUCAGAGCUGGAGCAGCAGCUGCAGACGGAAAACCAGCAGAAAGAGGAAGCCAUGAUGAAGGUGGAGACAUUAGACGACAAAGUGUCGGAGCUGGAGCAGCAGCUGCAGACGGAGAACCAGCAGAAAGAGGAAGCCAUGACAGAGGUGGAGACAUCAGAUGGCGGGGUGUCGGAGUUGGAGCAGCAGCUGCAGGCGGAGAACCAGCAGAAGCAGGAGGCUCUGGAGAAGGUGGAGAUGCUGGAGGUGAGAGUGGCUGACCUGGAGAGGCAGCUGGAGGAGCAGAGCCACACUUCGAGUGACUCUGAUGACCAGAUGAGACGGGAGUUCGCAGAGACCGUCCAGCUGUGUGAACACCUGGCAACCGAGAAGGACGUGAUGGCUGCAGAGCUGGGCUACCUGAAGCAGGAGCUGGGGAUGUUCAUCGAGCAGACCGAGAGUCUGGAGACGGAGAAAGCUGCUAUGUGGAAGGAGCUGGAGGAGAGACGAGAGACGGAUGAGUUCAAGAGUCUGGAGGAGGAGUUCAGGAAGGAGCAAGAGAACGAGCUGCAGAAUGAAAUCUCCAGCUUGAAGGAGGCGGUCCAAGCCUCUGAAGUGCAGUGUCAGGAGCUGCAGAACAAACUAGACGUUUUGUCUGAGGAGCUGAAGAAGAAAAGUGACUUUGUAGAGGAACUCCAAAGUAUGAGUGGUAAGGAUUUGGUGCAGGAGGUGGCGAAACUUCGGCGCUCUCUGGACGACGCCGAGGGGCUCAGCAGAGACACGAAGAAGGAGUGGGCUCACCUGCGCAGCGAGAACAUCGCUCUGGAGGAAUCCAACGUGACUCUGACCACAAACCAUGAGAACAUGGAGGCCGAGGUGAGCAGUCUGCGCUUUCAGCUGGAGAAGGAGAAGUCUCGCUACAGACAGAUGCAGAGCGAUCUGCAGAAAGAACUGAACGUCGUGUUUGACGAGAACACAAAGCUCACCACGCUGCUGGAUGGAAAAGUCCCAAAGAAUCUGAUUGACAGCGUGGAGCUGGAGAGAACCGUGGCCAGCCUGAACAGAGAGCUGGCGGUUUCUCGUGAGGCGGAGGAAGCCCUCAGAGCUCAGCUGGACGAGCUCGCUUCAAUACAGACUCUUCAAGACAAAGUGGACAAUCUGACGCAGCAGCUGAACCAGCUGACUGAAGAGCUCCGGGUUGUCCGAGCAGAGACAGACGCCUCCCUGUGUGCUGGAGCUCAGCCUUCAGCGGAGACGGAGAACAAGCUCUUCACUGUGGCUGCAGAGAGAGACCAGCUCAAGGCCGACCUGCAGAAACAUGUGGACAUGGCUGCAGAGACGCAACUUCUUCUUCAGUCUCUUCAAAACGAGCUCCAGGAGCAGAGGUCAGAUCUGGAGAAACUGUACGAGCAUAAGGAGUCUGAUUUAAGGGAACAGAUGCAGAGUCUGUCAGAGGAGCUUGAGCGCGUGCGAGCGGAGAAAGAGACUCUGCCGUCCGCAGCUCAGACGUCUUCAGAGGAGACGGAGAAGCUGCUGUCUGCUGUCUCCACGCUCACCGCCGAGAGAGAUCAGCUCAGGAUGGACCUGCAGGAAAACGUGGAGAUGACGAUAGAGAAUCAGGACGAGCUGAGGACGGCUCUGGAGAGAAACAAUGAGCAGAAGGAGAUGAUUAAACAGCUGCAGUCUGCACGAACAUCCAAACAGGACGGGCUUGAUCCAUCUGACACCAGUGCACAGCUGGAGGAGCUGCAAACACGAAUGAUGACACUAUCAGAGCAGCUGCAGAGCGUUGAAUCAGAGAGAGACGCUCUGCUGCGUGAGAGGACGGCCGACUCUCAGACUGAGGAGAUGGAGAAGCUGCAGCACAGAGUGACGUCUCUCAGCGAGGACAGAGAUCAGCUGCAGGACACUCUGGAUACUCUGAGGCAGGAGAAGCAGCAGCUCAGAGAGGAGAGUGAGGGCAGGAUGGAGACCCUGCAGGAGGAGAUGAAAACACUAACAGAGCAGCUGCAGAGUGUUGUGUCAGAGAGAGAAACUCUGCUGUCAAAGAAGGAGACGAGCUGUCAGAGCUCGGAGGAGGAGAUGGAGAUGGAGAAGCAGCAGCUCAGGGAGGAGAUGGAGAAGCUGCAGCACAGAGUGACGUCUCUCAGCGAGGACAGAGAUCAGCUGCAGGAGACUCUGGAGGCUGUGAGACAGGAGAAGCAGCAGCUCAGGGAGGAGAUGGAGGAAAGAAUGGAGAUGGUGGCAUUAGCUCAUAGCGGGUUAAACCAGCCACAAACACUGAGCUCAGACCUGCAGACACACGAUGAGAGAGUGACACAACUUCAGCAAGAGACAGAACAACUUCAGGCUGCACUUCAGACCGUCAGCGAGGAGAAGAGUCGCCUGGAAGAAGAGCUGCGGAGAAAUGUGGAGACGGCUGCAGAGACACAGAGUCGUUUAGAGUCACUUCAACAGCAGCUUCAGGAGCAGAAUCAAAGAAACAACGACCUGGAAAGUUCGAGCCGUGAGGGACAAGCUCAACUAGAACAACAGGUGUCAGAGGCUGAGUGUCGUCUGCGUUCUCUGGAAGACGAGCUCCAGCAGGAGAAACAAAAUAACUCCAAUCUGAUGAAACUCUGUGAGCAGAAGGAAUCCGACUUAGAGCAACAGACGAAGACUCUUUCAGAGCAGCUCACGGUGGCUCGAGCAGAGAGGGACACCGUGAUGUCAGAGAAGGAGACGAGUUGUCUUAACUCCUCGGAGGAGCUGCAGCACAGAGUGACGUCUCUCAGCGAGGACAGAGAUCAGCUGCAGGAGACUCUGGAUGCUCUGAGGCAGGAGAAGCAGCAGCUCAGGGAGGAGAUGGAGGAAAGAAUGGAGAUGCUGCAGAGUGAGUUACAGCAGCAGCAGCUCAGCUCUGAGUCUCAGUCACUGAGAGAAGAACAGGAAGCUCAACAACUCCUGCAGAUCCAACAGCUGGAGGAACAUCUGUCGAGGGCCGAGCAGGAGGUGAGCCAGCUGAAGUCUGACCUCCAGGAAAAUGUAGAACUGAUGAUCGAGAACCAGGAGGAGCUGAGAGUUUCCCAGGAGAAGAUCAGAGUCCUGCAGGAAGAGAUCAACGUGAUGAGGAAGGAGAAGACGGAGCUGGAGGGCAAACAAAGCGAGAGGAACGAUGGAGAGGCAACGCUGCAGAUACAGCAGCUCCAAAACAAGGUUCAGAGUGUGACCGAGCAGCUGCAGAGCGUUGAAUCAGAGAGAGACGCUCUGCUGCGUGAGCGGACGGCCGACUCUCAGACUCACAGUGAGGAGAUGGAGAAGCUGCAGCACAGAGUGACGUCUCUCAGCGAGGACAGAUAUCAGCUGCAGGAGACUCUGGAGGCUGUGAGGCAGGAGAAGCAGCAGCUCAGGGAGGAGAUGGAGACCCUGCAGGAGGAGGUAGCCCAGCUGAACAUGACUCUGCAGACUCUGAUGGAGCAGAAGAAACAGCUGGAAGACGAUCUGCAGCAGAACAUCAACAUGGCUUCAACAGCUCAAGAGCUCCUAGAAUCAGUCCAAGAGAAGCCAGAACAAAAACGAGUCAACGGCAACCUGGAGAGAGAGUUUCAGGAGAAGGAUGACGCUCUAGAUCAACAGGUGAAGACUCUGUCAGAGAAGCUCACGGUUGCUCACACAGAGAGGGACGCUGUGAUGACAGAGUUGGAGACCAGCUGUCUGAGCUCCUCGGAGGACAUGGAGAAGCUGCAGCACAGAGUGACGUCUCUCAGCGAGGACAGAGAUCAGCUGCAGGAGACUCUGGAGGCUGUGAGGCAGGAGAAGCAGCAGCUCACACAGACCAUGGAGGACAGGAUGGAGACACUGCAGGAGGAGAUAAAGACUGUAAGUGAGCAGCUGCAGAGCGUUGUAUCAGAGAGAGACGCUCUGCUGUGUAAGAGGACAGCCGACUCUCAGACUCACAUUGAGGAGAUGGAGAAGCUGCAGCACAGAGUGACGUCUCUCAGCGAGGACAGAGAUCAGCUGCAGGAGACUCUGGAGGCUGUGAGGCAGGAGAAGCAGCAACUCACACAGACCAUGGAGGACAGAAUGGAGAUGAUCUUGUCCCUGCAGGAGCAGCUGAGCAGGCAGGAGGCUGAGAGAGAAGAGAGGGAGGCCGAACUGCAACAGAAGCUGCUCACUGAAGCGAAUGAAACCAUCUCCGCCCUCAAAGAGCAGCUGAGCGGUUUGGAUCAGAGCAGCAGAGGAGUCAAAGAGAGUGCAGAAUCACAGCUGCAGGACUCUGCUGAUCAGCUUCAGGAAGCGUUCAGAAAGUUGCAGAACUUCAUCGAGGCGUGCUCCAAAUUUAACUCCACAGCUCUGGGUUUGGCCCCGACCGUGCAGGAAUCGCUCACCCCCCUGCCAAAACCCGCCAACGAAGCCUUUUGUCAGGUUGAACUGCAGGCGGCGCAGACUCUGGGAGAGAUCAUUGAUCACGUGCAGGUGAGUGCGCAGGGCUACAGGACUCUGUUUGAGGAGCUGGUGAGGAAAGAUCUAGAUGUUUAUGAGGAGAGACGCCUGCAGGACGUGUUGCUGUGCAGAGCUCAGGCCCCCAGCUUCUCUGUGAAAGACGAGGACUUUAACUCCAUGUGGGAACAGAGACUGAGCGAGCUGCUGGACAAGAGGAACCUCUACCUGCAGAAAAUGGAGUGUGUUUCGGAGAAGCUGUUGGAGAACAUUAAGAUGUACUCCAGUGAGGUGUCCACUGAGAAAAGAGAGCGGGCGAGGUUCAAGGAGCAGCUGAAGUUAACCAGCACCAGCAAGCUGGACUCCUUCCUGAGCCGAGAGCUGGACACCAGAUCAGCUCUGUCUCGCAGCAGGAAGACCACUCUGAAGGGCAUCAUCGAUGAACACAACAGUCUGUUCAAGGAGAUGAAGCUGCUGCAGACUCAGACAGACACUCGGCUCCAAGAGGAGAGAAGCAGAAGGUCAACACUGCUGCAGCCACUAGAGGGCGCUCCUCUGAAGACAGAGCUGUCUCUGAUGAAAGACAACAAACAGCUCUGUCUUCAGCUCCAGGAAACAGAGGAAAGAAUCAAAGCUCUGUGUGCACACAAACAGCAGCUGGAGGAGGCUCAAAUCAAAGCCAACAACAGGGUGUCCAACCACAAAGAGGCCACACAGCUCCUGCAGACAGAGCUGCAGGACAGCCGUGCUCAGGUGGAGGAGAAGGAGAACAUGAUCCAAACUCUGAGGAGCAAACUGAGAGAGUCGGAGAGAAAUGUCAACCCCAGUGCUGCUGAGCUGGAAAAACUCCGGACUGAAUUAUUUAAAAUGGAGGUGGAGUUGAGUUCAGCGUCUGAUAAGCAUCAACAAGAGAUCCAGAGGAUGACCACGCUGCUGAAGGAGAAAGAAGAGUCUCUGAGGAAGCUGAAGGAGACUUUGAGGAAAUCCCAGCAGCAGGGAGAGGAGUCGUUCCUGCAGGGGGAGGACCUUCAUGCCAGACUCACAAACCCCAGAGGAGUCGUCAUCAAGACCAGCAUCCUGCAGGAGACGACCAAACUGGAGGAGGAGGUCAAGCAGCUGCAGAUGAAAAUAACCGAGCUGGAGAGCCUGGUGUCCGCCCAGCAGGCCGAGAUCAGCAAGUGGAAGAGCAGAGCCAUCAAACUGAAGGCCAAGAACAGAACCGACGCAGACAAGCCCUCACCCCCCUGCACCCCCACCAAAAGAGGCCUCCCCGUCACCUCCGACUCCUCCACCUUCUACAGCUCACCCAAGAAGUUUCUGAUCACUCCCAGGAAGGUCUUGGACUCUCCCAGGAAGCCUUUGGAGUCUCCCAUGAAGCAGCUGGACUCUCCAAAUGUCCAUCUGCUCGACUCCCCUAAGAGCCGGUUCUUUGACGUGGGUGGAGGCACUGAGCUCCUUUCCAGGACCUGUCCCAAACAGUUCUUUGAUAACUCCAGCCUGGGAACUGUUCCAGAGGUGUUCGAUGUUCCUGAUUCACCAGCUGAAGAGAAGGGUGCGGGAGCGUCUGCAGACAGAAAGGACGAGUGGUGGCCUCAGUCUCCAAAGCAGGAGGACAUGUGCAAGACCCAGUGAAGAGUUUCACACAACGUGCAAUAACUUUAAAUGUAUCUCUAAUGUUUCAAGCUUUUACUUUUUCUCUAAUUCCUUUAUUCCAACCUUCUGUUUGUCUUUUAAGUUUAAAUAAAAAAAAUCUCUUAAUAAA